CAAGUGCAACGGUGGAGCAGAUAACAGCUAAUAGAAAGAGGACUAAAGCUGACGUGACGAAGGGCGAUCCUCUCAAUCUGCGAUGCACAUACGGUGGAGUAGCUCUCUCUCCCGUGCGCAUAAUCCGAGAGGAUUUGAACCUGACACUAGCCAGUUCAUCUAGCAACAGCUCUAACUCGUUCACCUUUAGUAAGGCCAGAGCGGAGUGUGAGGAUCAGGGUUUGUACCGGUGCCAGGCUGGCUCAGCAGCUCAGGGAAAACGUCUGGAGCUGGGAGUUAGAGGAUGUAAACCAAAGCUCUGCUCAGGGAAAAAGGAGGAGAAGGAGCCGAAGACUGUCUUCUUUGACCCAAGCAGCUCCGACUACAUCAAAUUUCAACUGUGUGUCGUGGCGUUUCCAGAUCUCUUGAAUUCAAUAAAGCUCAAUAAGACAUCGGUGACAACAAAGAUUAAUUAUAAGGAGCACAGGGUGACCUUCAUGCCAGAUCAUCGAGGUCUGUACCAGCAUAUGGUGGAAAUAGAGCUGAGGGAUAAGUCUUAUCGAGCUGAGAUGUCUCUGGAGGUGGAACUGAUCUCCAAUGAAUACAAUAGAGCGACAGUUCUGGUGGAGCUUCGUCCCGUAGGUUGUCCGAAAUCUCUGUCUGCAAUUGGGAGCAGUUUCAAUUACGUCACGUUGUCGUGGAAACCAGUUCCGGAGUUCGACAUGAACCAAUCCUAUUACGUCUUUUACAGCAAGGUGUCAGAAGGGGCGUGGCAUCGAAGUCACAUGAGGGAGAAUAAUCCAAUGGGUGACCUCGUCUCAUGGAAUGUGACAGGUUUGACACAGGACAGCCGUUACGUCUUCAAGGUCGUGGCAUUGAGCCAUGGAGCAAGGGUAGAUGACGUCAUUCAGAACUACUGUUCAAAAGAAGUCUCAGAAGCUACUGCGGUUCUGCCCUCGGCUGAAACCACGACACCGGAAGUAGAACGUGGUGCUGGAGUGGAAACCGGAAAUAGCCAAAGCUUGCGGCCGGGUUCCAUCAAAAAUGGUGAAGGAGAGGGAGAUGAUGAGGACUCGAGUGGUGUUGCCGUCCCGACGACGGUCGUUUCGUCACCGAGGAAGGGCUCGUCUACGUCACUGUCCAGCAUGCUCGGCAACAGUCACAGAAGUGGAAGGCAAACAAGAAGAAAACAAAGUGCGCAGAGGCUGAGGAGCCAGUGGAAUACGUACGCCUAGACUUUGAGAAGAUGAAGAGUCUGGAGCUGUCGGGAGAGAAGGCUGGGGAGGAGAAAUGAACAGCCAGUGAUACCGGUGUCUGAUUUCUGGUCGCUACCCUAGUUCUAUCUUCUUAGUUCCUAGGUUUGAGAAAUCUGUCGUCUAACAUUUUGAGUUUCACACAACAUGGUUAAGCUUUUUCGAAUGCAAGUCUUUGAAUAUCUUGAUAACGACUCAAAAAAAAUAAUCGUACAAUUUUGAUAGAGCAGAUAGAACAUUUGACAAUGCGUGGAGAUAGGCCGUUUUGGGGUACAACUUCGCUAUUCAAAACUAAUUCUUUGAAUUUGUUUUCCUUAUUUGAAACUUUUUUUUUUUAAGUCAACAGUAUGCGUAUUAUUGAAUGUGCAAACGCAUGUUUCUUAUUGGUGUAAGGGGGGUUUGAAAUGUGCCGAAACGUAGCCUUUGGUUUAACCCCCCAAAAUAUAAAGAAUCAGAAGUCUUGUGUGGAAGUUUUGCACUUAAAAUAUCCAUUGACGGUUCUAAAAUUGUAAAGAGGAGGCCCUUCUUGCCGCCGUGCGUGCAAAAAUUCCAAAUUAAUUCCUUCCCCAAAACGGACGCCAUUCUGUUCAGCAUGACUAUAGUGCAGUCAAAAAUGCGGAGAGCAACUUAUCCUCAAAUAUCUCUCAAACGGGUGAAUCAAUGCCACCCAUACUUUGCACAUCAGUUUGUAUCAAUUUGUAUUUGUCUUAACCUAAUCAUAUCUUUCCACGACAAUUGAGGCUCGAUUAAAAAACUGUUCUUCAUAAAUAUAAAAUACUAUGAAUAUCCGUCAUGCGGAAUAUAAUAUGAUUGUUCACAGCACUUCCUGCUUCUCACACACAUUUUGUAUACUCGUAUGGCCUACGUCACAGCUAAUCAACGACACACACUUUUUAGUGGCAAAACUUGUUACAAAAUAAUAAUUUUAUAGUGAACACUUUUUUGCAGUAAACGUCCUCAAAACAUGUAUUCAAUAAGCAUAGUGGCGCAGUUAGAAAAAAUGACGGACUUGCUUUUAAAAGUUAUAUUGACUUCGGCUGUAAACCUUUCAAAAUCUGUAGAAACCACUCGCUUGGUUUUUUUUAUUAGUAUUUAUUAAAGAACUUUUUAGAAUACAGCUCUCGGGUGUGUUUUUAAAAAUAUUAUUUUGAUGUGUUACGACACAUUGAUAUGAGUCACUGGGCUAAAACUGGAAAGUCUGAGCUCGAUAGUUUAGGAGAUAUCUGGCAAUAAGUUGCGCCGCGAUUUUUUUACCGUACUAUAUUUAACAUCAUGGUGAGAUGAGGUGCUCCUCAAAAUAAUGAACGGAAGCCAUUCUACUCAGCAUAGAUUUUAAAAUGUAUAACCACUUUGCAUGAAUUUAGGAUUGAGAGUGCUGUUCAAAACGGCAUAUGGCUACCUCUCAAGCAGGUGGCGACUGAUUCUUCUGUGCUCAAUGUAAAUAAAACAUCCUUGCUCGUAGAAACCAACCACACUGUGAGAUGAAGAUUUCACAGCCAGGUGCUCCUUAUUAAGCUGAAGCGAGAGAAGGGAAGAAGAAAGUUGGUAGAUCUCUAAGCUUUUUUUUUGUAAAGAAAAAAAUAUUGGGUUCCAUUUUUCUGCAGCUGAAAUAUUAAUUUGUGUGGGAGGUGGCUGUAGACCAUAAUUCACAUUUUUUUGUGGUUUAAAAAUACAUGUGAAGGGCAUAUGGGACACACAAGACAGAGUACUUAAAAAAUACGCAGGCUGUCUAACAUUUGAAUUAUAUGUAAUUGUGUUUUUCUCAAAAUGCCUAAAGGUGAUUUCCCCUUGUAUUUCCCGUGAGCUUUUCCUGUAGUUUUACGACUGUUUGAACAAAUCUCAUCCCUUUUGGGAGGUUGGAAACUUUUUAUUAUAACUCUUGAUUUUAAAAAAAAUGUAUUUGAAAUAUAACUAGUAAAAAUACUUAAUACUUAAUUUUUAAAAACAGGAUUUUAAAAAGAUAUAGUCGUGUAAAAUAUCUGUGUACAUACUUUGCAAUCAUUUCAACUGUGAUCUGUUUCUUGUUGUUUUUUUUUUCCUUAUGUUUUUUAAACAUGACCCUUAAAAGAAAAGCAUCACUUUCAUGAAGGGAAUCUUUUGUAUAAGUUUUAAGAAAAUACAGACUUUUAGAAUUAUAUGUGUACAUCCAUUUUCGAAAAAA